CUCAGUUACUUUCUAGACUUGGUGCCGAUCGGGUGGUCCGCUGCCGCGCUACCUGCCAGGUGAAGAAGUCCGGAGCGGAGUGUGCAGUGGUAGUGGACGUGUCGCAGUGGAGUGAGUGCUUUGGUACCUGGAGGACACCCUUAGGAAGGCCGCCUCGCUCGCCCUUCCUCGCGCCCAGCCCUGCCCAAGUGCUGACACUGGUCACGCAGCAGCAGAAGCAGCCGCAGGAGCGCAGCCGCCGCCCCUUGAUCGCCCGCCGCCGCCGUGCACCGCCAUCUUGAGCCACACUCCCCUCUCCCUGGCACCUCCCCCCGCUGCUGCUGCUACUGCUGCUGCUGCUACAAGUGCGUGCUCCGCAGCUGCUGCGGUUCCACUCGCUUGUCCUGUCCAAUUCCGCGUCGUUACAACAUGGCCCUUCAGUAGAUUGGCCCGCCACAGUGCGCCCGUGGCUUUUCAGUCCCAGCAGGGCUCACGCCCCCGUGUGUGUGUGCCGCCCGCGGCCGCCCGCGCCCCGGGACCCUGGGGGAGCAGCAUGAGAGCGCCUCCUCUGCCCCUGUGACCUCACAUAGCAGUUUGCACUGCCUCGACUCCCCUGGAUUUUUUAGUUUUGUAAUUUUUAGAAAUGAAUGAUUUGGAUAGUUUACGACAAGAAGCAGAAAGACUAAAGAACACAAUACGAGAUGCUCGCAAAAAUGCACUUGACACGACCUUGGUCCAAGCCACAUCCGGCAUGGACCCUAUUGGCCGAAUUCAGAUGCGAACCAGGAGAACGCUUAGGGGACACUUAGCCAAAAUAUAUGCCAUGCACUGGGGGUCGGACUCUAGGCAGAGGAAUUUGGUAUCAGCAUCUCAAGACGGCAAGCUCAUAGUAUGGGACAGUUACACUACAAACAAGGUGCAUGCCAUUCCCCUUCGGUCCAGCUGGGUCAUGACCUGUGCCUAUGCUCCCUCGGGCAGUUACGUUGCCUGUGGUGGCCUUGAUAACAUCUGUUCUAUAUACAACCUAAAGACAAGAGAAGGCAAUGUGAGAGUGAGUAGGGAGUUGCCUGGUCACACUGGUUACCUAAGUUGCUGUCGGUUCCUAGACGACAACCAAAUAGUCACAAGCUCGGGAGACAUGACCUGUGCCCUCUGGGAUAUAGAGACGGGUCAGCAGUGCACGCAAUUCACAGGCCAUACAGGGGAUGUGAUGUCCCUGUCCCUGUCACCGAACAUGAACACAUUCACAUCAGGUGCCUGUGAUGCGUCUGCUAAGCUAUGGGACAUUCGUGAUGGGAUGUGCCGCCAGACCUUCCCAGGACACGAAUCUGACAUCAAUGCAGUUACAUUCUUCCCCAAUGGGCAUGCAUUUGCCACGGGAUCAGAUGAUGCCACGUGCCGCCUAUUUGACAUUCGUGCAGACCAGGAGCUUGCCAUGUACUCUCAUGACAACAUUAUUUGUGGCAUCACCUCAGUGGCAUUCAGCAAGUCUGGCAGACUCCUGCUGGCUGGUUACGAUGACUUCAAUUGCAACGUUUGGGACUCCAUGAGGACAGAAAGAGCUGGUGUUCUGGCGGGCCAUGACAACCGCGUCAGUUGCCUGGGUGUUACAGAAGAUGGCAUGGCAGUGGCCACAGGCUCAUGGGAUAGCUUCCUCAAGAUCUGGAACUAAGCUUGUCAUGCCACCACCACUCCAGUAUCAACAUCAGUAUCUUCCCAAGGAACCAAAUUCCCUCUCUAGGAUACACAGUCAUGAAGCUUGGUGUUUGCAUGCCUGCGUGUGUGUCUGUGCAGCCCACGCUUAUGGUAACACCACUCUUUGCUUCAUAGCCACCAUUGAUGUGGGUCACUUAAGUAGUUGUGUACCGAGUGAGCAUGCUUGCCGGACCUGAGUGGAUCUUUCCUUUUCAUUUUUUGAUAUGGAAAAAAAUUAAAUGAGUGUAAAUGAGGUAGUGAGAGUUGUAAAUGUAAUGGGAGAACAUAAAUACAUUACAAGAGGCCCAUGGGUUAGUGGACACAAGUGCAUCUAGCACAACACUAAGACAAGUUGGAUCAUCAAGCAAGAAAUGGGGCAAAUCCACCAGUGCAAUGUGUCCCCCAGCCCACGGGCCCUCAUGGCUGUGACCCAACGAUGGUGGCGACAGCACACACGCAGAAGCCAAGGUGGCGCUGGCCCUUGUGUAGCCAGCUCGAGGAUGGUGAGGAUGAUCACAAGCAUCACACCAGUGGUGGGGGAUGCUGAGUUCCUACGGGGGUCAGCACUCACCCACCAUUCUCUUCCUUUGAUGUCUAGUCAGCCUGAAGGAGUUGCUGCAUGACUUUGAUGCUGAGUGUUUCCGUGGAAGCGGCGGUGGCCAGCGAGUGAUCCCUGGCCCCCUGUGUUUGAGCAGGUGGGUGCCGGCACACCUCCCAGCCGGUGCCUGGCAGGUUCUGUGGUGGCUGUGGUGGAUGACCAGGAUACUGUGCCUGGAGCUGCCACACCUCCCACCCUCCUGCUCCUUCUGCUGCUGCUGCUGCUGCUUGCCACGCGGAUGACAGAAGACUGCACCUGUAUUGUCCAGGCCUGAAGCUCAGGUCAGGGCCAAAGGGGUAAGCCCAGGUGAACGCUAUGGUAAUGUGUUCAUAAUGCCUUAAGGCAACCUCUACACUCCCUCGUGUCAGUGUGGAGAAAAGUGAGGUGCUUGAGUAAGACAAAAUUUUGUCAUGUUCCCUGCUCCACUGCUGCUUCUUGCGCGCAUGUUCUGCUCUUGUCAGGCCAAGCACCCAUUGAUGGAUUCAUCUAACAGGGGAAUGCUAUUAUCCUUAUUGGGACCACGUGGUGAUAGUGUAAAAUUGGAAUCGUUCAGAGAAGCUGAAAUCUUUGAUACAGUUACCCUUCCUGCAAAUGAUUAUGAGCGUGCACUUAGAUUUUGGAUUUAAGUGCCAUUUUCAUGGUGACCUCAACUGCCAAUGUAGUUUUAAUUUGGGCAAUUAUUAGUUAGAUAAUGAACAUUUGUACUCCCUUAAGCUAAUCCAAAUCUGAAAAUCAAUCAUAUUGCUUUAUUCAGUCUUCUUAAGAUGGUAAUCAGUGAAAUAUUUCCAUGAUAGCUUGUUGCAUUAGUGUAGCCCCAAAGCUAAAGUUAUCUCUUUGAUGAAAAGAAACCUUGCAUUGAACUCCCCAAGCCGGAGCACAUCACAUUACUAUCAGUGUUUGUUGGUAUCUGUAUUUGAUUAUUUUGAGUUAUUUUCAUGCAUUUAUUUCUAUUGUAGUAAACAUCUGUGAUGCCAAAUGUGCUGAAUGGCAGUCAAAAAGUCUAGAUGGAAUGUGUGUUGACAAGAUUACUGAAAAGAAAAUCUGAAUGACUUUAAUUGACAAAUUGCUCAGAUUGCAUAUAUGUAGAAUGUGAUGCAGGUUCAUAGAUUAUCUUCCCCUCAAAGAGCAGAGUGCUGCUAUGAAAUGGAAAAGGAUUAGAAUACAAUGUAGUUCUAUUUUUUACCCCAUUGGAAUAAACCUUUUAUGUUAAAAUGGUUUAAAAAGUGGAGGGGAAGUGCUCCUAGGUAUGUCCACCGACUCAAAGAGCGUAAAAUAUUUUCCAAGUUACGCACAACUAUUAGUAAGGGAAAAGAAAAAAAAAAAAGCACAAAAGGGUAAUUUUCAUGAUUAAAUCAGUGACAUUGGUGGACACAAAGAACAAUCCUAGCUCAAUUCUGCUGCUGUAAUUAUUAUUUUUUUUUUUUUCCUAUACCUCCUGUGUGUCAGAACCCAAUCAGCUGCAGCUUUCUCUGUACCCCAUAGAACCUUUUUAAUUUUGCCCUGCUCCCAAUUUCCUUUUGUGGCUGCCCGAAUUCCCCUACAUGUCACAAGAAAGCAAAGCUUUGUUGUGCGUACGUUCAAUGAUUGCUGAACCAAACAAUUUGAACACAAAUAUCAGCAUUUCAGGUUACCUGUAAGAAAGUUUCAUUAAUUAUUUAUCCCUUCAUUUUAUGUUGAUUAAUUGUGUAUGAUUAUUUUGCCAAUCGGUGAGUGUCCGGCCUCAGCCCUCUCGGCGGUACCGAACAAGACCAGACAAACAGGUAUUGAGACCUGGAUUUGUCCCUGCUCUCUCCACCACCCGGAAGCUCAUAGAACAGCCAAACAAUUUCUUAGUGACCAUCUUUAAGAAAUGCAAGGGCUCAGGGCUGUUCUAUGGCCCUCUGGCUGUGGGUGGGAGCCUGUUCGGGAUGGGUUUGUGUGGUCAGUCGGCGACGGGGUGCUAGUAUGAGUGUCUUCCGUACACCCCAGGGGCACCUUCUGCUUAAGUUGCUGCUUCCCGUGCCCCUGUGUUGUGUGUGUGUGAGAGGUGGUGGCCUCUGCCCACCAGCCACCCCCAGUUCCCUGCCCAGUGCCCUUGGAGUACGGUGCAGGACUCAUGCUGGCACCCAGCCCCGCGGUAUCGUCUUCAGGGACUUUCAAGUGAGGCCACACACUCACUUGUAUGUCCCAAGUUUCUAAUAAAGAAUAAUGGUAGUAGUUUUUUCUCAGCCAAAAACAUGUGUAAAGAUAAAGUAUAAAUAGUAGUCAGAUUUUAAAACCCUUUUCCGGGAGUGUGAAGUGUCAAUUGUAGCAUUAUAAUUCCAUAACUGUAAUGAUACUAAGCCAAAUGGAACCCUCUCUCCAAGGACAGCGCCCUAUCCAGGAGACGCCAGCAGGCGGGCGCGGUGGUGGAGGGCGGGGUGAGGCCAGAAGCAGCAACAGCGUGGCGGGGGCCGGGGAGCCGCUCACCACCACGACCAGCAGCACCCAGCCCCUGCCUCACGCCCCACGCUCCCGUUGGGGGGGCCGCCCCGCCACGCCCCUCCCCCACCACCAAAUAACACACUCACAAACAAGUGUGCAGCAAAGUCACUCCUGCUACAAAAUUGUUAUUUUACAUGCAAACAAUGAAUUUAUGUAAACUUAAGCAAGGUAUGAAUUUUUAUUUAGAAAAGUGGUUUCUAAUACCCAAUGAGUUGUAGAACAGAGUCCACCGCAGAGGCGUAACUUUUACACAAGGCGGGCCCCAGGGCGGCUGUGUGUCUCCACCAUGCGUCAGUGUGCCAGUAAAUGGGGGGCAGUGGUUGCUGGGGUUGUGUAGGAAAGGCGUCACUUGUGUCUCCUGACUUCACGCUUCAGUCAACUGCUGCCUCGUGUAGGGUGCAGUAGAGCACCGCCUCCACCGUCCCUGGGACUUGCACACUGUUAUAUGAGGGAUUUUUCAAUUGAUUCCGACUCCGGUUGUAGCUUAUGAAGUCUCGUUUGUGAAUUUGUCAUGUAAGUAACUAUCUGACUUGUCCAAUAAAGCUAUUUGUCUUUACA